AUGUCGAGGUUUGGAAAAAGUCUUCAUCAGCAGUGGGAUGAAGACGACGAAUCUGAUGACGAUGACCUCCUAAUUCUUGAUGGUCUUAUUGAGGGCUCAAAGAGGAACAAGCGGAAGAAGAACUUCCGUGGAUCUUUGCCUGGUCGUCACAGCGUGCAGAGGGGAAUCUUGGAGGGGAAUCUUGGGGGGGGGGUCAUGAUGGUAUAUUUCCGGGACUACUUCGUGGACCCGUGCGUAUACAACAACAAGCAUUUCAGAAGGAGGUUUCGGAUGUCCAUAUCUCUCUUCCUGCGGAUCAUUGAUGCAGUGGAGUCUCACGAUGACUACUUCUGUCAGAAGCCCAAUGCCGUUGGAGCUCUUGGGGGUUCUCCAAUCCAGAAGUCUAUUGUUGCCGUUUGGAUGCUUGCCUAUGGUGUUUUGGCUGAUUUCCUGGAUGACUACGUGAGGCUGGGAGAGAGCACCAUCAUCGAGUGCCUAAAACAUUUUGUGAAAGCUUUCGUUGAAGUUUUCAGUGAACAAUACCUGAGGGCCCCCAAUGCCGAGGACACAGCUAGAUUGAUGGCCAUUAAUCAUGCAAGAGGGUGGCCAGGCAUGCUUGGCUCCAUUGACUGUAUGCACUGGAAGUGGGACAAGUGCCCGACUGCUUGGAGAGGCGCAUACACAGGGCAUAAGGAUGGGCCGACCAUGAUUCUUGAGGCUGUUGCAUCUCAAGAUUUAUGGAUAUGGCACACCUUUUUUGGGCUUCUUGGUUCUCUCAACGAUAUCAAUGUGCUUUGCCAUUCUCCACUUUUCCAGAGUCUGACUUCCGGGAAAGCACCAGAAUUGGAAUACAUUGUCAAUGGAAACAAGUACAACAUUUGUUACUAUCUUGCCGAUGGGAUAUAUCCAACCCGGGCAACUUUUGUGAAAGCUUUCCAUAGUCCCCAGGGAAACAAGAAAAUCUAUUUCACAAGUGCACAACAAGUAGCGAGAAAAGACGUCGAGAGGGCUUUUGGGGUACUCCAGUCUCGAUUCGCAAUGGUGCGGGCCCUGCGAGGUUAUGGAGUAAGGAAGAUAGUUGAAGAUGAGCGUGAGGAGCCCGACUUCGUGGUGGUAUACUCAUGCAGUGUUCCUCAAGAUACACGAAGAAAUUGA